AUUGAUAAGAAAAUUACUCUUUCAUCAAGUGGUCGCAAAAAGUCCAUUUUGUCAUUACUUUCGAUUAUUUCAAGAGCUACAAUACCUUUUUAAAACAAACUGUUUUGAUACUCCAACAAAAUUAAAGUAAAUUUGACAAAAGACUUUUAAGCGCUUGUAUUGAUAAAUAUUACUUUUGAAAAUACUUUUGACCGAUAAAUUUCAGCUUGUGUGGCGUACAAAUUACUGAACAAAACUGCAUCAGAAAAACAAACUAAACAGUUUACCAUAAUGGUCUCAAACUUAUUUUAAAAAUGCGCUUUUGUAAGCAGAGAAAAACAUACGUUCUAUAAUUUCUCUUUUUAAUAGAGAGCUCGUUGGAUUUUAUGCCGCGACGUUAUUAAAUUAUUCAUGGUUAUCUGAAACGAAACGAUCUUCAAUAAAAAUUAAGCUAAAAUUGGGACUUUUCAAUAGCAGUUUGUAUGAUAUUGAUUUCAUCUUUGAUUUCAAAGAAGAAUUAGGAAAUUGGGUGAAUAAAUAUGAAUCAAUUAUUCAUAGCUGUACAAAGGAGCAUUCAAAAAAUUGGACCAGUCUUUGCUUUCUGAAAUCCCAAUUUGAAAGAUCCCUCGUUGCGUGAACCGAGAAGAUCUAUCAUCACAAUUAUAUCGGACCUGUUAUUUAGUUAUAAUUUAUAAACAAAUCCACUCCAGGUGUUAAUGCCAUUGAUUGUUUAUUACCACCUUCAAAGUCAGACCAAGUUCGAUUUUGUUGUUGACAAAGUUUCAAAACAAGAGCAGUUUUACAAGAUUGAACUGUUUUUAUCCUGGGUUUAGUUUCAGCCCUUGCCACAUUGUCUAAACAUUUUAUGACCAGAAGACCCUAAAAUUGUUGUCUCCAAAUAAUAUUUCAAUUUAGUUUUUCUUUAUUUUAUCAAACAGGCUGAGGAAAAUAUAAUAACUGAGAAAAAACUACCUGACAGAGACAGAGACCUCAAAAGUUGUCCAGUAGAUCAAAUCGAGAUGAAGCUGGUUAACUUCUGAAUAUUUACUUAAAAUUUGAUCCUGGUUCAAUAUUAUUCAAUCAAAUUAACAUAUUUCGCAUUCUUAUCGAUCGAGUUUUGCCAAAAAAAAAUUAAAAAAAAUUCAUUAAAAUCCAUAAUAAUUGUGCAUAAAUUAUUGGCCUUCUCGUCUGGAUUGUAAAAACAGCGCUUUUCAGUUUCCAGUAAGAAUAAAAACUGGAAUUUAUUCAAGUUCAAGACGUGCACAAUUUUCUUUAUAUAAUAAUAAAACUUUUUAUUUCCGAUUUAAUCAUUCAUUGACCCAACUUAUAUAUUAAAGUUGUAAAUUUAUAGUUUAUAAAAGUAUUUCAUGGUAUUAUCUUUACAGUUUAUAGUCUGUAGUUCAAUUUACUGCGUUAGUAUUGUCGUCCCGAAAUGUCUCAUACCAGUUCGCGAAGCAGCGCCAGCUCGUUGGAAAACGACAGACAAGAGAUGAUGACAUCAGCACAAAAAAACCGAAGAUCGAACAACGGAAACAUCAACUUCAAUAAUCGGAACAGCCGAGGCAGGGAUCCGAAUGGGUCUGCAUCUUCGGCGUCGUCCACUCCGACCAGGGCUGGCAAUUUGCAACAGGCGGUGGAAGUUGUGAUGAACAGCUUUUACAAACACACUGGAGGUCUGAACUCAGUAGACGCAGUGGAAGCCCUGCAAGAGUUCUGGCAGAUGAAGGAAACGAAGGGACAAUUAUUCCCUGCAGGGGGGUCAUCCUGUCCCCACUACACAGACGAGGACUCCGACUCUCCUCCUUUCGUGACUUACGUGGUGCUACCUGGGGGAGCUUGCUUCGCUUCAUUCGAGCACUCGGUCACCUUAGCAGACGCAAAAAGGAGUGCUGCCAAAAUAGCCCUGAUGAACAGUGUGUUCAACGAGCACCCCUACCGCAAGAUCACAGACACAUUCAUACAGUCAGCAGUACAAGACGCGCUCAAAGUACACAACGGUCCGAGGUUCGAUGCCCACAACCCGAACAGUUCAAUCGGAGUAUUCGAGUCCAUGCUUAAAUCACACGCGGGCAAAACGAUGCUGGAGUUCCAAGAGACAAUGACCAUCUUCCAAUUACUUCACUGGAACGACUCCUUAAAAGCUAUGCGAGCAAGACAAUGUUCACGACAAGAAGUUUUAUCACAUUUUUCGAACACAAUCAUCGACGACAAAAUGAGACGUCACAUGGCACUUGAUUGGUUAUCACGUGAGCAAGAUUCGCCAGGUGUGAUCAAACGUGAAUUGAGGAGCUGCUAUAACGAAAUCUACAGGGAACGACGCGAAGGAAAAGAAUUGCGGUUUCUUUUCGAAAAGAGAAACAUUCUGCUAAUUGCACAGGAACAGUUGGAAGGAAAACAGAACUAGUCCAAAAUUUGAUUAACUCAUUUUCAAUCAUCAUCAUCAUAAACUUAAAGAAAAAACUGAUUUAAUUU